AUGACAAUUAGCAGGAUCACAGCUAAAGAGUCCAACGAACGGAUAACAAAAAUACAGGAAGUAUGUGGCACAAAACAGGGUUUUCGAUAUCGAUUCCGGGUCAUCAGCAAUGCAAUCACCAAUGCUGCCUUGAAGGUGAGCGUAGAUGGUCAUAAUUUAACCAUCAUUGCUAGCGAUGGAGGCGACAUCGAACCUGUAGACGUUGACGCAUUUGUCAUAUAUGGCGGUGAAAGGUUUGACUUUAUUCUCACUGCUAACCAAACCAUUGGUAACUACUGGUUGAGAGUAAAAGGCCUUGCAGAUGCUAUAGCGGUUCAAGAAUUGGCCGUCUUGAAAUACGAGGGAGCCUUCAGCGGUGACCCAACAGAAGAUGAACUGUAUGACAGAGAUGGAAUCGUGCUACAAGACCUCAACACUGCUUCCUCGGAUACGGACUUUACUUAUAAUCAGAUGGUAUCGAAAGAUUCUUCGGAUAUACCUCAAGAAAAUAAAAAAACCUUUUACAUAGCUUUUGACUUUUAUAAAGUCAACAAUUAUAAUUUUCACGACCCCGAGUAUUACCCUAUAGAGGAGAUUUCCCGCUCACACCAUCUGUACUCGCCUCAACUAAAUCACGUGUCUUUCAAAUUUGUGUCGGCCCCGCCACUAAGUCAGGGGCGUGAUAUUGAUCCAAGUGAAAUAUGUGAUGCGUAUGACGUGCUAAACAUGACACACUGCGCAGAGGAGUAUUGCGAAUGCGCACAAGUGAUCACGGUAGAGCUUGGUGAGACGGUAGAAAUUGUUUUGAUUGAUGAGGGAGUGCCUUUUAGUGCGAGCCAUCCAUUCCACCUUCAUGGAUAUUCUUUCUAUGUAGUAGGACAAGAAAAACUUAACAGUUCCACAAGCCUUCAAGAAGUCAUGGAGCUUGAUCAAACUGGAGACGGUCUUCCACGAAACCUUGAUCACGCUCCACUGAAGGACACAGUAAUCGUACCCGAUGGAGGGUAUACCAUAAUUCAAUUCAUCGCUGAUAAUCCAGGAUGGUGGUUCUUACAUUGCCAUUUAGAGUUCCAUGCUGUUAUUGGCAUGGGCCUGCUCAUACACGUAGGUUCUGAUGAUGAUCUACCACCCGUUCCUGAGAAUUUCCCGCGAUGUGGGACCUGGCCAUCAACUUAUAACAAACCUAUACCACCCACUGAAGACACAGAACUACCUGCAUGCCGAGGUUAUGGCGAUUCUUUAAAUCGUAAAAACUUUACCGCAAUUCUAACUUUCUUUACCACGAUUAUAGUUCAUUUUCUUUUUAGUCUUAAUUAGAAUGGUGGUACAACGCGAGGUUCAGAAGAGUUCGAUCGCAUCUUACUAAUUACUGUUGCCCUUGCUGUUAUUGUUGUUGGUUUCAAGCUACUAAUGACCUUAAGAUACUUAUUGCUGUGAUAUAGAAAACCAUGUAUAAAUGUAGAAGAAGUAGUGGAGGACCUCAUUUUGUCUUUACAGUGUGUG